AUGGGCACUCCUCAAGUAGAAAUAAGUAUUCAUUGUCCUUAUUGCUGCAAAAAAGAAACAUGCGACGGCUUCCAAGAAAUAGGAAAGCUAAUAGAAACUGGCUGGGUCAUUUAUCGUCACACUGAUCGUACGGAAUACAAAAGCGAAGCUGCACAAGCUGGUAGAAGUACAAGUACAAACCGGAACGUUUUCGUUUUAUAUAAAAGAAAGCAACAAAAUAAAAACAUGGCGACUGCAGAUUUAUUAUCACCAUUAGAUUUGCAAAAAAUUCCUUGUCCACGAUGUAGACUAAAACUUGAAUAUGCUCAGAUAUUGAUCAAUAGCAGUCCUACCGUUAACAGAACUGACGUUCUAAGUAUAUGUGAUCAUUGUCUUUUGAAAAUGAAAACUGAAGGACCAUGCCAUAAAUGUGCAAAUAUUUUAAACAAGUUUUUAGCAGCUCGUGGCGAACAGGAAAAAUAUAAAAAUAAAUAUUUUAAAUCAUGGCUAACCGAAACAGAACACCAAAUAAAUAAAUCGAUUUCUGAAGUAAAGCCAACAAUUCAACGAUCAUAUUCCGAAAUAAAUAUUAAUUUACCGAGUCGAGAUACGUCUAAAACUGUUAUCAAAUGUAAAGUACAAGAAUUGUUUCAUUCUGAACUGAAUUUAACAGAUACAAAUCGUAAAAAAGAAAUAAAACAACCUAAAAACCUAGUACCUGGUUUAGAAAAAACCGUAAAUUUUACAGAUUUAAUAGAAAUGUUCCAUACAGUGAGUUCUGACAGCGUUGUAAAAAAUUGUAAGACAGAACGAGAUAGCUUUUAUGAACAAAAUGAAUACGAUGAUUUAAAACUCCGGUCCUCAAGUGGUGCGGCACAUAUCCGGAGUAGCAUUGCAAAAACUUCAAAACACCAAGAUGAAACAGAGCAGAUGAUGGAAGAAAAAGAGGACUAUUUGAAAGAACACAAAAUAUCAUAUAAAGAUAAAUUUGGUGUCGAAUCAGAAAAAAGUUUCGUAUUUCCUCAAACCCAACAAAAACCAGACAAAAACUUGAAACGUUAUAUUAGUUCGCCUGAACUUAUCCAAGAUAUACGGGAAAAGUUACGUUUAAAAGUGGAAGAAGAGGAAAAUAAAAAAAAAGAAGAACUUGAGCUUAAAGUACAGGAAAAGAAAAUAAAAAAACUUGCUCGUGAAGAAAAAAACGUUAUAAAGGAUGAACUACUCCAUAAGGAAGCGUUAUCAGAAGCAAAACUUAUGGAUGUUACGUCGAAAAUUGAUAAAUCAGGACCUCUAAAGCCAGAGACUGAAAGCGUUGGCAAAUAUCCAAAACGUGAAGAUGAUCUGAUGAUCCAACAAGAAGUAAUAGGAAAACGAGGAACCAAAGAUAAAGGGGAAUCUUCGAAAGAGUUAGAAUUACAUAAGCGAUUAGGUAAGGAUAAGGCAGCUGAAUUUGAUAAAGAAAAAAUAAUAAAAACUAAAAUGGACGACCAAAAGGAAAAAACACUGGUAACAACUCAAGUGAAAGAAAUAAUACAAUCUAAAAUCAAGGAUAAAUUUGAUAAACAUAAAAAAACAAAAGAUAUAAAAGAAAAAGAAACACUAACACCCAUAAUAGCCGAAGAAGUUAAAGUAAGUGAACUAAAAAAACACAAAGACCAUCAUAAAAUGGAUAAACAUAAACAAUCAAAAGACGUUGCGGGCCUCGAAAAAAAGGCAGAAAAAUCUGAGGGAAUAAAUAUAAUAUCAAAACUAAAUCCAAAAAAAGAAGGGGCGUCAAAAGACGUUGCAGGUGUCGAAAAACAGGGAGGUGACAUUCCAUCAAAAGAAAUACAUAAAUUAUCGAAAGGAAAACCUGAUAAAGUAGAAGAACUAAAAGAAGUCAAAGGUCACGAAAAAAAGCGUGAUUCUUUACAUCCAACAGAGGUAGGAAAAUCAGAAAAAGCGAAUAUUUUUGAAGAUUCGAAGCAAAAUGAUGUCAAAUUAAACCAAGUUAAGUUACUUAAACCCAGUGCGGACGACUUAGUUGCACAAUUGAUUAAAGUAAAUAAUAAAGUACUUGCUAAGGAUUCAAUAAAAAAUAAACUACCAGAAUUACCUAAAGUAGAAGAACUAAAAGAAGUCAAAGGUCACGAAAAAAAGCGCGAUGCUUUACAUCUAACAGAGAUAGGUAAAUCAGAAAAAGCGAAUAAUUUAGAAGAUUCAAAGCAAAAUGAUGUCAAAUUAAACCAAGUAAAGUUAAUUAAGCCCAGCGUGGGCGACUUAGUUACACAAUUGAUUAAAGUAAAUAAUAAAGUACUUGCAAAGGAUUCAAUAAAAACCAAACUACCAGAAUUACCUAAACUAGAGGAACUGAAAGAAGCUAAACAUCUCGAAAAAAAACGUGAUGAUUUACAAGCAACAGAAAUAGGUAAAUCAGAAAAAGCGAAUAAUUUAGAAGAUUCGAAGCAAAAUGAUGUAAAAUUAAACCAAGUUAAGUUACGUAAGUCCAGUGCGGGUGACUUAAUUACACAAUUGAUUAAAGUAAAUAAUAAAGUACUUGAAAAGGAUUCAAUAAAACCCAAAUUACCAGAAUUAUCAAAACUACUUCUGGAAACAACAAAGACAAAAGAGAAAUUAGCAGAAAAACUCACAAGCACUAGGAAACCUAACCCAAAAGAUGAUACCGUAGAUUUACCCAGUAAAGAAAAACAAGAAAAGGAACUUAAAAUGAGUCAAGUCAAGCUUGUCGAAAGUAGUUUUGAUAAUCUCAUAUUACGAUUAAUUAAGAUAAGACCCGCUGCAGGUGAAAGAAGUGUGAAUGUUCACAAAAUAGAAGCGGUUAAAAUAAAAAAAAGGCACAGGUUGGGAGGUACUACAACGACAGCCGAAGAGGAUGAGGAAAGUGCCGAAGAAUUCAGUUUAAGAGAAGAACCCAAAAGCUUAGGACGAGAAGGUGAGCAAACCCCGAUUUGUCCUCCAAAACGUGAGGGACAAGAUAUACAACCAAUAUACGUUCAGCUUAAACUGUCAGAAAUCUCUUCAUUAGCACCACUUCAGGCCGUAGAAGAGGCCCAACUAGAAACCGAAGAUGGUAAAAAGGCUCAAUUAGAAAUGUCCAAGAAAAAAACCGUUGAACCAAUAGACCCAGAAGCAGGUAAAGGUGUUAUUCGCUAUGCCCUGUCUGAUCGCACCUUCAUUGAAAAAGGCUGGACUAUGCUACCUGUAGAAAAAGUUGUAAGGAAGAUGAAUAUUUAUCGCAUGCGUCCUGCUCAACCGGAAUUCGAUUGGUUUGAACACAACAAAAAGAAGGGAUUGAUGGUGUAUGAUACGGGUGCGAAACUAGCAGAAUUUGAUGACAACGGACGUGGUCGUUGGUUUUAUAAAAAUGGUUGUCUUGCAUUAGACUACUACGAGGCAGAAGAAACCAACACUCAACAACGCUUUGUUGUAUAUAGUAAUGGAGAAGUUGAUGAACGUGGCCGGUCUCAUCCAAUCACAAUUCUAGCAACUUUUGAUCAUCUAGGCAAUGGUGUAGUUUUCGAUCAUGCGGGCAAAAUACGCCUUAAAUACAAUCAAACCGAAGGAGUUUUACUGGACCGCAGUGUUGGUCCUGUAACAAACUGGAAGUGGCACAGUCUUAAUGACCCUCCUGUUUUACAACAGGUUAUGAUAGACACGCAGAUGCCUCUUAAAGACCCUAAUAUAUUGAAGAUGGGGGGGCCAGCAGAUAAUAGAACUCGACCAGAUAAUGAAGAAAUGCUAGCAAUUGAGUUUGACAAUUUCAUAAAAGAGAAAAGUAAGAAAUUAACACAAAAGUUCAAGCCAUUCCAAAUAAAAAUGAAAGCUUUAAAAAUCAAUGACCACUUUUCCCUCAAGGUGCUGGAUCAAGCCACAAUUUAUUUAAUUUUUAGAGAUGGUUCUGCUAACUUAAAGCUCAAUAUUGGUAUGGUAUUAGAUCAUAAAGAAAUCGUAGACACAGACACUGCUGAACUAGGUGAAGUGUCAAACAGCAUGGAACGUUUUCCAGCCCGCACAGAUAGUCUUGCAGCUUUGCAACGUAGUGUUGCAUAUGCUAGACGUUAUGAAAGAAUGCGUACUGAACGCGAGUAUAAGUUACGACGUCCAGAGUCUUCCCUUAGCGCUGACAAUCUAGGUAAAGCUGCAUCACGGCCCUUACGCCCUCCAUUGAGAACUUUGGGUACAUUUGAAACAGGGGUUACUUCUCCCUUUGAAGCUAGCUCUGCGUAUUGCAAAUGUAACAGAAAACCAUCAAGCAGUUUGUAUUACAAUACCCAACUCUUAUGA